ACGCCACUCGCUACUGUUGAAAUUCCAAUGCUAACCAACUUUAGCCAGGCUGCUAAUAUGUAAUUCAGCGGAGAGACACUCGUACGACGCUGCUGUGGAUUUAAACGCACUUAUAAAAGUUGGUUUCCAGCGGAGGGUCACUGUCAAAACCGUCUUAAUGUCCACUGCUGCGAGUGUCUCCCUCACCCCAGCCAGGACAUGUCCGAUUAGCCAGAGCGCGGCUAUCGGCGGAUAACGAACCCUGGCAGGCGAGCUGGCCCGAGCCAGCCCCGUUCGGACUGCUGGCUCUGCGGCGAGGGUCAGGGUGUGAGCUGCAGCGGUUUCCCCCCGGAGGAGCGGCGGCGACCCCGGAUGCUGUGACUACCAUGAGUCCCGCGGGCUGCCCCCAUGUCAGCAGCUUCAAGGUGGACAACUGGAAGCAGAACCUGAGGGUCAUUUAUCAGUGUUUCGUGUGGAGCGGGUCGGCGGAGACGAGGAAACGCAAGGCCAAGUCAUGUAUCUGCCACAUGUGCGGCGCCCACCUGAACAGACUCCACUCCUGCCUCUACUGCGUCUUCUUCGCCUGCUUUGCCAAAAAACACAUCCACGAGCAUGCCAAGAGCAAAAGGCAUAACCUAGCUAUUGACCUGCUGUACGGAGGAAUUUACUGCUUUAUCUGCCAAGACUACAUUUAUGACAAAGACAUGGAACAGAUUGCCAAAGAGGAGCAAAGGAAAGCUUGGAAAAUGCAAGGCAUAGGGGAGAAGUACUCAACGUGGGAGCCCACCAAGAGGGAGCUGGAGCUGCUCCGCCACAACCCCAAGAGGAGGAGAAUCACCUCCAACUGUACUAUUGGCCUCCGCGGUCUGAUAAACCUGGGCAACACGUGCUUCAUGAACUGCAUUGUCCAGGCGCUGACGCACACUCCGCUACUGCGUGACUUCUUCCUGUCUGACCGACACAAAUGCGAGAUGCAGAGCAACUCCUGCUUGGUGUGUGAGAUGUCGCAACUCUUCCAGGAGUUCUACUCAGGCCAUCGCUCUCCUCACAUCCCGUUCCGCCUCCUCCACCUGGUGUGGACUCACGCCCGUCACCUGGCUGGUUACGAGCAGCAAGAUGCCCACGAGUUCCUUAUUGCGGCGCUGGACGUCCUGCACAGACACUGCAAAGAUGAUAACGGAAAGAAAGCCAACAACCCAAACCACUGUAACUGCAUCAUCGACCAAAUCUUCACAGGGGGCCUGCAGUCUGACGUCACCUGUCAAGUCUGCCAUGGUGUUUCAACAACCAUCGACCCGUUCUGGGACAUCAGCCUGGACCUGCCGGGAUCCUCCACGCCGUUCUGGCCCCUCAGCCCCGGAGGAGACGGAUCGGCCCUCAACGGAGAGAGUCACACCACCGGAGCCACAACGCUCACAGAUUGUCUCCGCAGGUUCACCAGACCAGAGCACCUGGGCAGCAGCGCUAAGAUCAAGUGCAGUGGUUGCCAUAGUUACCAGGAAUCCACUAAGCAGCUGACCAUGAAGAAGCUGCCCAUCGUGGCCUGCUUUCACCUCAAAAGGUUCGAGCAUUCAGCCAAACUGCGGCGGAAGAUCACAACGUACGUCUCCUUCCCACUGGAGCUGGACAUGACGCCCUUCAUGGCCUCCAGUAAAGAGAGCAGGAUGAAUGGGCAGUACCAGCAGACCAUGGACCCCUUCAACAACGACAACAAGUAUAGUCUGUUUGCUGUGGUUAACCACCAGGGGACACUAGAGAGUGGCCAUUACACCACCUUCAUCCGGCAGCACAAGGAUCAGUGGUUCAAAUGUGACGACGCCAUCAUCACCAAGGCCAGCAUCAAGGAUGUGCUGGACAGUGAAGGGUACCUCUUGUUUUACCACAAACAGUUCCUGGAGUAUGAAUAGUCCCCUGCGUCAGCGCAGCCGGCAGGAGGAACUGAGGCAGCACGCAAGGGGAGUUGCAUGGGAACAGGUAACACAGUGACCAGAGAGGCGAAGGAAACCGAAACACAAGCCUACCUGAAUCAUUCUGAGUCGCACCUCUCACUCUGACACGGAACCACGCGUAGGACAUACGAGUCACGUUCCUCUGUACGACAUUUAAGACUGAGCCGCUUGAUGUGCAGGGAUAGAACCAAGAUGCCACAACCAAACAAAAUACGCUGAAGGGAUUUGUGUGUACCUGCAAAAAAAUGUUGUCGAAUUUCAGGAGACGAAGGAGGAAACGAUGAGAAGGAAUUCACUACCAGAUCAGUCGACCCGUUCAGAAAACAGACGAAAGGGCAGAAAGGUUCUUUUCAACCUUAUUCUAUCUGGGGAAGGUUUACAUGAUCACAAAUGCUGUUGUUCACCAAGGUCCGGCUUGCUGCUCGCACACAGCUGCAUAUAUAACAAGACACAGAGCGUCGGGCUCUGCUUUAGCUAUCUGAUUUAAUAUAAUUUCUUGGGUGUGUUAGACAAACACUCUAAAGCACUCACCUACACACACUCCUCCAAAUGACCAAAUAUUUCAAAGAAGGAAGUUUGAUUAUGCAUUUUUGUUCCAAAUGCAAAGAGGGUGGGUGCAGGGGCAUCGCUUGACAAAUGAUGUUACAAAAAAUUGUACAGAUUCUGUUCAUUACUCAUGACUCUGUAGUUGUCUAGGAAAUGUUCCGUGAAACAAGGACAUGGAUAUAAAGGAUCUCUCAUGUUCUGCCUUGCUGCUUCAAACAGUCACAGGGGAAAUGAAUAAUAUAUUUUUAUACAUAGUUUCGUUUACGGUUUUGCAUUCUCUCCCUAAACUCUCACAUCGUGCGUGUUGCAUUGUGCUGUCAAAUAUGUUUGUCAACACAAAAGCAAAAUGGUUCGGAUCAUUAUCGUGAACAUGCUGCUACAGCGGCUUUCUUUCUGCUUUGUUUGCUUAACGUGGCUUUUGGGUUCAAAUUUUGUGCAACAUCUCCACGAUAAUGAUGCGUUCAAUGUCUGUCUUCCUGAUGCCGUUUCAGGUAAACGGUAAAAAAAUUGAUCGAGGAAGGUGUUUUUUUUUCUAGUACAGGUGUGUAUAAGCUCGAUCUUGCAGUAUUAACCGUCGGCCGCAUGUCGCUCUAAUUCGGUGUGUUUGUAUAUAAGUGUGUGCGUGUGCGUGCGUGUUUGGUGUGUGUGCACUCGUAUGUGCCCAAGAAAGGGGAGGGGGGAGCUCGUAUGUGUUUAUAUAAAAUAUUACUGCGUAUAAAGAGGAGGAGGAAGAAAAAAAACCCAGUGCGUAUGUGUUCCUGUUUGUAUGCACGUGUGUUGUGCGCGUGCGUAUGUACCGUGUGUCCGUGUACUGAAUCAGUACUUGCAUUCAGCAUGCCGUCUGAGCUGGGUAUCACAGUUUGAUAGGAUUUUUUUUUCCACAUGUUGAUGAUGUAUGUAAAAGUAUCUAUGUACAGUUUGUAUGUAAGAGACAAAUGGUGAAACCUCAAGUCAAUUAGUUCCUUAAUAUCGCUGGAUCCAGCCACAGGGGGUCGUGAUAGGAAAAAAGAAAGCGAUCGACCCGAUCAGUCAUUCCUCACACACACAUGUUACUGCUGCAAGAACUGGACACAGUCAUUGAAGGACACUCAAAUAAAGAAAUAUCUAUAUCUGUA